AUGGAGAUGGAUCGCGCGCCGCUGGUGGGCUCGAUGGGGGGCGAGCGUGUGUCGUCGUCGACGGCGCACUCGGAUGAUGAGCAUUACGGAUGCCCUUCGGAUGACGAGGCGCCUCGACGCUUGUCGAAUGCAGUGACGUCGCUGCGUGUGGCGCCAGCGGAGGACGAUGCGCCCCUGCUGCACGACGAUGCGCGUCGUACCGCGUCGGCUGUGCACGAGCGCAUCAUUCGCGAAGAGAAAGCGCGGCAGAAGGACAAGACGCUCGAGAUUCUCGAAGGACGACGCGCACCGAUGCAGCGCAGUCGGACGUUGCCACACGGCCGCGGGCCGCGAUGGCCGGCCCCGCCGCCGCCGCCGCCACCGUACGAUGCGGUCGCGGAAGUGCCGCGUCCUUCGACGUCGCGCCGCGUGAUCACGGCGCCGGUGCCUGACGGGCGCCCGGCGAUGACGCAGCGGCCGCCGCACGGAUCGCAAGUCCGAGUGUUUCUCCAGACCGUGCAGCGAUAUAGGCUCGUGCCGCUGAACGAGCACACGCUCGCAUGGCAUGCGAUGCAGUUCGUGCAGGCGCAAGGUGCGCUGCCUUCGCUGCCGGGCGCUCACGAUACGUGGGCCAUGUACGACGUGAUACCGGAUGUGGGCAUGGAGCGGCCCGUGCGAGACUAUGAGCGGUUAGAAGAGGUGGUGCAGGCGCGAGGAAGUCCUGGCUACUUUCUCAUCAAGCCGAGUGAGUGGCCUGAGCUGCUGCGAUCGGAUGCGAUUCCGACGUACUCGUCGGUCCUGGGCGGCUAUGUCCAAGUCCAGCUGGACGAUCGGACGUGGACGCGCAGGUGGCUCGAGCUGCGUGAGCAUGCGGUGUUCCUUGCCAAGUCGGAGACGAGCCGGCCGGAGGUGUGUGUGUGCACGCUGCUGGAUGUGGACGUGUACAUGGUUGAUCGGCAGCGCGUGCCGAAAGGCUAUGGCUUUGCGCUACGGACGCAAACGAGGCCGCGCACUGUGCUGCUCGCGACGCAGUCGAGCGAGGCGGCGCAUCACGACUGGAUCAAGAGUCUGUGUCGCGCGCGCUCGUACGUGCUGUGCCAGGAGCGGCCGGACAUACUUGCGAGUGCGCACUCUCUCGAGCGCGCCGAGCAGCGCGCCGCGAGCGAUCGGCGCGCGAAAAACAUACGCAAGCAGGCAGCGCUACAACGCAGCAAGAGCGUCGGAAAGCAGCACGCGCAUGGCCCGCUCAUCCAGAGCGACGCCUUCGACGUGCCGUUCCAAAAAGGCAGCCUGCUCGACACGCGGCCUUCCACGACCGCUGGACGGUAA